UUUAGGAAAUUUUAGACAACAGCUGAUUUAGUGUAAAAUAAUUCCUUUAUAGUGUCAAUGAUAUGAUGAUGUCUAUUUAAUUUUUUCAUUCAAUUUUAUACGAGUUGUUAAACUCAAAAACAAUUGCAUUUUUCUAUAAUUUGCUUUUGAUACCAUCAAAAUGUCGUUGAGAUAUUUUUUCGACAAAUUUGAUUAUUAUGCUAAACCGGAGGGUCAGGAUCCACUCAAUAAAAUAGUUGGUGUCUCUAAGUAUUGUGCUUUCACUGGUAUACUUAUAGGAACUAAUGAUAUUAUAGCAAUUUCUAAAACAAAAACUUUCUACGAUUCAGCACGUUGUCUUGGCUUUUGGGUAGUUCCUUUAACUGGAAUGGGUUGUGCAUUUGCAUCUACAACCUAUAUAGCAACAAAUUUGAGAGGAAAAGAUGAUCCUUGGAAUUAUGUAAUAGGAGCUUGUGGAGCUGGAAGUGUAUUGAGUCUUUGGAGUAAAUGCUUUUUAACUACACUUUAUGGAACCAUAUUCUUAAGUAUUUUUGCUGCUUGCAAGAAAGAUUCAAUUGAAAGUGGUUGGACUUUCUUUUCACAAGAGCCAUCAGAAGCUGAAAUGAAAUAUCCAUUCUUUUCAACAGCAGGAGCCAGAGCAAAGACAUACGAAAGAAGUUGGACAACAUAAAAAAAAAAGUUGUUCAAUGAAAUAAAACUAUAGUUGAUCUUUGUGAAUUCAAAAAUGUAAGUGGAACAUAAUAUUAAUAAUAAAAGUUAAAUUAAA